GAUGGGUACAAUAGCGAGUAAAAUACCCUGCUGCUGCUGUUGCGAAUGUGUAGAAGUCAGUAAAGUCGGAACAAAAACAGAAAUGGCGGAAAAUCUUGGGGGUGCGUGUUUUCCGUCUCGAUGUUGCAACCCAGCAAUCGUAAAAGAACUCCAAGACGACGACAAUUUCCCUACGUUGUCCUCAGACGAACAGAAAAAGGUUGAGAGUUCUGUGAUGCCUUGUUUUGAAUAUGCUCGAGCCAUGUCAAGAUUGGAAGGCGACUUUCCGAUACUCAAUCGAGAACGCCACGUGCCCUUUCUGGUGAAAGGGCUCCGUAACCUCCCAGAAGCGUACCAGGAGCUCGAUCCGAGUCGAACCUGGCUCUGCUAUUGGAUAUUACACAGUUUAGAGUUACUAGACGCCCCAGUGUUUGCAGAGACCAAAUCUAAUGUGGCCAAAUUCCUGGCAACGUGCCAACAUCCCGACGGUGGUUUUAGCGGUGGUCCAUUUCAACAAGCACACUUGGCUCCAACUUAUGCGGCUGUUAAUGCUCUUUGCAUCCUGGGCACCGAAGAAGCUUACAAUGUAAUCGACAGGCAAAAAUUGCUGAAGUUCCUAAAAAGUGUCAAACAACCCGACGGUUCUUUCAUCAUGCACCAGGGUGGCGAGGCAGAUGUCAGGGGAACAUACUGUGCCCUGGCCGUUGCCAAGUUGACCAAUAUUGACACAGACGACCUGUUUGAAGGAACAGCUGAGUGGGUUAAAAAGUGCCAAACGUACGAAGGUGGUUUCGGUGGGGUACCCGGAAUGGAGGCGCACGGAGGUUACACGUUUUGUGGUUACGCGUCAUUAGUGUUAUUGGAACAGGAAUCCAACUGUGAUCUCAAGAGGCUAUUGAGGUGGCUGACAAACCGCCAGAUGCGCUUCGAAGGUGGUUUCCAGGGGCGUACCAACAAACUAGUGGAUGGCUGCUACUCCUUCUGGCAGGGCGGCGUCUUCCCCCUCAUACACAAGGUCCUCUUUGCCCUCGGCAACGAAGCGCUGAGCAUGGAGAACUGGAUGUUUGACCAGGAAGCCCUGCAGGAGUACAUCCUGAUCUGCUGCCAGGACACGUCGGGAGGUCUCGUGGACAAACCAGGAAAGCCGAGGGACUACUAUCACACCUGCUACCUGCUGAGCGGUCUCACGGUGGCCCAACACUUUGGAGGAGGCAUCCUGGGAACGAGCAAAGUGGUGGGAAGUCGGCAGAAUGAACUGGUCACGAUUCAUCCCGUCUACAACAUCGGCAUGGAGAACACUGUCCAGGCGCUCAAACACUUCGGUGCCCUGCCCGUGCCCUCUUCACCUGUCGAUUCCUGAUGCCGGCCCUAAGUUUUUGCCUGGGAACAACCCCUCGUUUUGUAAGAGAACACCCCUCUGGCACAAGGGAGGGGCGUCUGUCUCACCCGCAAGCGCGCGUGCGCUUUGAGAAGUCAUAUUGAUUUUAAUCAUUAUUUAAAGAGGAAUGUGUACAAAAUGAAAUUAAGUCUCUUAUCUGACUUGCUUCGCAGUCUCUCGUUUUGAUGUUCGGAGAUUCGGUGGAGCAUACGCAAUUUAAAUAAAAAUUUUCUAGGUGAUCCCUUUU